AUGGAGAGCCAAAAUAUUGUAUCAGCGAAAUUUUGGACAUCAUAUUUGGUGGAGAAUCUGAACUCUUUUCGCCGUGCGGUGGAGGUUCUUAGUAAGGUGGCGUUUAUUGGGUGGUCUAUUUGGAGAAUGAGGAAUGAUGCAAUAUUUCAAUCGACUCUCCCCAAUCCUGCAGUCGCACUAAAAAGGGCGCAAUUCGGUUGGAAAGAAUUCAAUUCUCAGCUUUCGUUUCGGAAUCGGCAGUUCCUUCCUCCAUCUCUGAACCAUCCUGUCUUGUGCUGGCGAAGACCUCCCACUAGCCUUGUAAAGGCGAAUUGUGAUGCUGCUUUUGAUGAGUAG